AUGGGAGCAUUACCAACAGCACUAACAGGGAUCAGCAGCUCCACAGAGAUGAGUAGGAGAGAUCAAAAUCUCAGAACAAUAGAGUGGAAUGUUCCAACGUUUGAUCAGAAUCUGAGAACAAUAGACUGGACUGAUCCAGCAAUGGAUCAGCAUCUGAGAACAUCACACUGGAAUGUUUCAACAAUGGACAGAAGUUUAUCUGAUGAUGCUUGGUUUCUUGCUACAUUUUACAAUCAGAUAUCAUUAUCAGGGCGCAUCAAAUAUGCAGUUUUCAUUAUUCAAUAUUUUUAUUAUCCUAUCUUGGCUACCGUUGGUGUCCCUAUUAAUGUAGUGACAAUCUACGUCCUGCUUUAUAAAGAUUGUGGAUUGUCUCCAUGUGUCAGACGUUACCUGGGGGCCAUGGCAGUGGCGGAUCUACUGGUCAUUAUCCUCGACCUGAUAUUGAGACACAUUCCCAUUGUUUACAAGGAACAGUUUUAUUUCCUGUGGUACAUCCCUGUGUGUAAUAUCCACGCCAUCCUGCUUUAUGCAGCCUCUGACUGUUCUGUCUGGUUCACUGUCACUUUCACCUUUGAUCGAUUUGUGGCCAUUUGUUGCCAGAAACUGAAAAGUCAAUAUUGCAGUGAGAAAACGGUGACUCUGAUUCUGGGAGCAGUGACUGUGCUGAGCUGUUUAAAGAACAUUUUCUGGUAUUUUAUGCUCUCAAGUCAGUAUGCACUGUGGAACGUUCCCUGGUUUUGUGAUGCGUCACUCAGUGUUUAUUCCUCUCGUGGAGUCUGUCCCAUCAAAACCCCGCCGUCCUUCCCCAGUACUGAUGUCAACGUCCAGUUAAUUGGAACCCAUGUCUUCCACACCAAUCUCAGUCCAGUAUUUAAAUCUUUACUGUUGCUGUCCUUGUUCAAGCCUUCUAAUGGAUCAGAGGAAUCAUUGUUGGGCCCACAAUUGUUUACAAUAUAUACUAAUCACCUGGAAGACAGAAGUGAACGUAUUGUGGCCAAGUUCGCAG